AGCGGAAGUGCCUGGGCGGGGCUUGGGCGGCGGGGCGCCAUGCUGCUCUUCUGCCCGGCCUGCGGGAACGUGCUGGUGGCCGAGGAGGGCGCGCGCUGCCACCGCUUCGCCUGCACCACGUGCCCCUACGUGCGCAACGUCACGCGCAAGGUAGGGCGGGGGAGGGGAGGGGAGGAGGGGGGGAGGGAAGGAAGGGGGGCCCCCGCCCACCCCCCACCCCCCGCUGGACGAGAAGCAAGAGAGCAGCCAGGAGGCUUGGGCUUGACUGAAGACUGUGACGACAGGACUCCCACCUGCCCCCAGGUGGAACAAGAUGGGAGCCCCCAACAAAAGAGAACCCAAACUUUCAUUAGCUGCUCAUCCCCAGGUUGUUGCUGUUUAGUCGUGUCCGACUCUUCUUGACCCCCUGGACCAGAGCACGCCAGGCCCUCCUGUCUUCCACUGCCUCCCGCAGUUUGGUCAAACUCAUGCUGGUAGCUUCGACAACACUGUCCCACCAUCUCGUCCUCUGUCGUCCCCUUCUCCUUGUGCCCUCCAUCUUUCCCCACAUCAGGGUCUUUUCCAGGGAGUCUUCCCUUCUCAUGAGGUGGCCAAAGUCUUGGAGCCUCAGCUUCAGGAUCUGUCCUUCCAGUGAGCACUCAGGGCUGAUUUCCUUCAGAAUGGAGAGGUUUGAUCUUCUUGCAGUCCAUGGGACUCUCAAGAGUCUCCUCCAGCAUGUUAAAAAGGUAAAGGUACCCCUGCCCGUACGGGCCAGUCUUGACAGACUCUAGGGUUGUGCGCUCAUCUCACUCUAGAGGCCGGGAGCCAGCGCUGUCCGCAGACUCUUCCGGGUCACGUGGCCAGCGUGACGAAGCUGCUCCGGCAAACCGGCACCAGAGCAGCACACGGAACACCGUUUUCCUCCCCGCUAGUAAGCGGUACCUAUUUAUCUACUUGCACCCGGGGGUGCUUUCAAACUGCUAGGUUGGCAGGCGCUGGGACUGAGCGACAGGAGCUCACCCUGCCGUGGGGAUUCAAGUCCUAGGCGCUGAGGCUUUUACCCACAGCGCCACCCGGGUCCCAGCAUGUUACAGCCCCCCAAACUACAUCACUCAUACAUCACGGUUGCAUCAUGAAAGGGGAGGUCUGGUGGCAUUAAUCUGAGCAUCCUGGACCCGGCCCCAUGGUUCUCCUUGCCCUCCACCAAACACCCAUCAAGUGGAACAAAAGAGAUAUUUACAUUUCCCUGUUUCCCAGCCAAGUUAAUCACACCCUUUUGUCUUCAUCUGGGUUUGUGAUUUCCGUAAUGGCUACCUGUCUGGCACUCAGGUAUCAGGAUGCCAGGAAUUAUCACUCAGGCAGAGGGGCUGCUGAGUAGCUGAGCUCACAUGUCUAUAUGAAUUUCUGAAGUUUUCCCACUGGAAGGACAGAUCCUGAAGCUGAGACUCCAAUACUUUGGCCACCUCAGGAGAAGAGAAGACUCCCUGGAAAAGACCCUGAUGUUGGGAAAGAUGGAGGGCGCAAGGAGAAGGGGAUGACAGAGGAUGAGAUGGUUGGAUAGUGUUCUCGAAGCUACCAGCAUGAGUCUGACCCAACUGCGGGAGGCAGUGGAAGACAGGAGUGCCUGGUGUGCUCUGGUCCAGGGGGUCACGAAGAGUCGGACACGGCUAAACGACUCAACAACAACAACAAGCAGAGGCCCUUUGAAUAGAUAGGAAGAAACUGUGAUGAAGUGUUUUUGGGGACAAAUCACAAAAGUCACAAAAGUGAUUGUGCUGAUUUUGGUAGUGGGCUGCAUGUGCAUGAUAUCUGCUGGAGGGGCAACCCCCCCCAACCUAUACAUAAAUUCCUGCAACACUUUCAGGUGACGAGCCGGCGCUACCCGAAGCUCAAGGAGGUGGACGAUGUGCUCGGAGGGGCCGCCGCCUGGGAGAACGUGGACUCCACUGCAGGUGCCAAGGGGGGGGGGUGGGAUAGGGGGCCGGGGCCUCCCAGAGGGGAGUCGGGAGGGACCCCCAGGGGUCAUCCAGGCCAACCCCCUUGCAGGCAUUGCGGGGAUCGAUCUCUUAUCCCGGGUUUGCCCCGCUGUCCCCCUGCCCCACCUGCAGAUGCUGCCGGUCGGGACAGAACCUUGGAGCCCCCUUUGGAAGGUGGAACCCAUAAUAAUAAUUUAUUAUUUCUACCCCACCCAUCUGGCUGGGUUUCCCCAGCCACUCUGAGCAGCUCCCAAAAGAAUAUUAAAAACAUGAUAAAACAUCAAACAUUGAAAACUUCCCUGUACAGGGCUGCCUUCAGAUGUUUUCUAAAAGUCCGAUAGUUGUUUAUUUCCUUGACAUCUGGUGGGAGGGCGUUCCACAGGGCGGGUGCCACCACCAAGAAGGCCCUCUGCCUGGUUCCCUGUAGCUUUGCUUCUUGCGCUGAGAAGGUUCUGACCCCCGUGACUCUGAUUUAAGAGGGAGCUCAGGAAGCUGCCUUCUGCAGAGUCAGAUCCACCUGGUUCAGCGUGGUCAGCACUGGCUGGCAGCCACAGAUCCGCAGGGUUCCAAGCAGGGGAUUUUUCUCCCAGGCCCUUGGGGAGAUGCAAAACAAGAGCCCCACUUUUCAGGUUGAGGGUCCUCAUCAUCUCCAGCCUCCACCAGCCUGGGUGCUUGAGGCUGCAGGAGCCGCCCUCUGGCCCGUAGGGGGAGAUGCUCCACCACCCACCGGGUUCUCACACCCUCUUCUCUGUCUCUCUCCCUCCCACAGAGCCGUGCCCCAAGUGUGAGCACCCACGGGCCUACUUCAUGCAGCUGCAGACGCGCUCGGCUGACGAGCCCAUGACCACCUUCUACAAGUGCUGCAGCGCCCAGUGCGGGCACCGCUGGAGGGACUGAGGAGCUGACUGGGCAACUGGGGUGUGGGUGUCUGCUACUUUGUACAUAAUAAACAGUAU